AUGUGUUGCAUUAAAUGGUGUAUUCUAAGUGGUCCUUGGCGAAUAGCAGUUUGGGUGGAUGAGUUCACAACUGUUUUUGUGGAACCCUUUCAUCCAAUAAUAGCAACCCUUACCAUACGGAUUAUUCUGCCCUGCCUGCCGAAACCACGACCAACUUGCGAAUUCUGCACAUACUUUUUCCUAAUGUGGCCACUUGAAUACUAUCGAAAAUGUACAUUCAGAGAUAGAAUUUCCCUUGUAAAGCUCCUUAAAAGUGCGGCCUGCUUUCUUUGUGAAGUUGCAGAUCUAUUCGAUCCGGCAGAUGUGGAAGGAAUAACUGGAAUGCCAGAAUGGAAGCAUUAUAUGCUUACUGGAAAUUGGCCAUGGGAGGAAGAGGAGGACGAUGAUGAUGAUGAAGACAGUGAUGAUGACGAUUCCGAGGCCUACUAG